CCGACGACGAGCCCAUGGCCCGGGGGACGGCCCCGGCCUCCGGGGCUUCGCUCUGCGCCUUGCUCUGGGCAGCGGCGGCAGCGGCGGUGGCCGGCCCCGAGGGCAGCCCCGCACCCGGCGCCUUCGGCCGUGUCUACCGGGGCAACGUGAACAUCAGCGCGGAGCGGGUCUACGCCUUCGCUUACCGCAGCCAGCCUGGGCAGGUUGAUGCAGUGCGGGUGUAUGUGAACAGCAGCUCUGAGAACCUCCAAUAUCCUGUCCUGUUUGUAGUUCGCCAACAGAAGGGAGUGCUGUCAUGGCAGGUCCCACUAAUUUUUCGAGGCCUCUAUCAGAGGACCUACAAUUACCAAGAAGUGAGUCGUACCCUCUGUCCUUCUGAGCCAACACCUGAGACAGGAUCUGCUGACCAGAUCAUAUUUGUGGACGUUGCUUCCAUGGCACCGUUUAAUAUUGCGUAUGAGCUACUAGUCACCAGGCUUGAGAACUUCCAACUUGAGACCAACAAAGCCUUUAACUUCACUGCCAGCCCAUCUCAACCCCAGUAUUUUCUGUACAGAUUUCCUCAGGAUGUCGAUUCAGUCAUCAUUAAAGUGGUGUCUGAUGCCAUCUAUCCAUGCUCCGUUGUCUCCGUCCAGGACAUUGUGUGCCCAGUAUAUGACCUGGAUCAUAAUGUGGAGUUCAAUGGUGUUUACCAGUCUAUGACUAAGCAGGCAGCCAUAACGGUGCAGAGAAAAGAUUUUCCAGGUGAGCAGUUCUUCGUUGUAUUCGUCAUCAAGCCAGAGGAUUAUGCCUGUGGGGGUUCUGUGCCUUCUUCUGCUCAUGGGAACGUCAACCGUACCUGGAACCUGCAGCGGACAAAGAACCUUCAAGUGACAAUUGUGCCCUCUGUUAAAAAGUCUGUUUAUGUCCAGGCCAUGUUCUUCAGCUUCCUGAGUUUCCUCUCCUUUUACCUGGGCUCAGUGGUUGUUGCUUUUGUGCACUACAUCAGGGUUCAGAGGAAGGCUUCAGCUGGGAGACUGUGUCCUGAGGAUGGAUCUGGGAUCAUGACGCCUUCACAACCCAUCACAGCCAGCACCCCUGAGGGAAGCAGCUAUGGUGCUAUUGAUGAGUCAAGCUCCAGUGGUGGACGACGGUUUUCUUCCCCAGAGGGCAGGCCGCGGGCUGGCUCUGACACAGACAGCUCUGUGGAGGAGGAGAGUGACUUUGACACCAUGCCAGAGAUUGAAAGUGAUAAGAACAUCAUCCGCACUAAGGUGUUCCUCUAUCUGUCAGACCUGUCCAGGAAGGACCGAAGGAUUGUCAGCAAAAAAUACAAAAUCUAUUUCUGGAACAUCAUCACCAUUGCAGUGUUUUAUGCCCUGCCAGUCAUCCAACUUGUCAUCACUUACCAGACGGUAGUGAAUGUGACAGGCAAUCAGGACAUCUGCUACUACAACUUUCUGUGUGCUCAUCCCCUUGGGGUGCUGAGUGCCUUCAACAACAUCCUCAGCAAUGUGGGCCACAUGCUGCUGGGCUUUCUGUUCCUCCUCAUUGUGUUGCGCAGGGACAUUCUCCACCGUCGCGCCAUGGACAUGAAAGAUGUCUAUACGCUGGACUAUGGGAUCCCAAAGCAUUUUGGUCUCUUCUAUGCUAUGGGCAUUGCUCUGAUGAUGGAAGGGGUGCUCAGUGCCUGUUAUCACGUCUGCCCUAAUUACUCCAAUUUCCAGUUUGACACCUCUUUCAUGUACAUGAUCGCAGGACUGUGCAUGCUGAAGCUCUACCAGACUCGCCACCCAGACAUCAAUGCCAGUGCCUACUCUGCCUAUGCCUCAUUUGCUGUGGUGAUCUGUCUGGCCGUCCUUGGAGUGGUGUUUGGGAAAAAUGACAUCUGGUUUUGGGUCAUUUUCUCAAUAAUCCAUGUUCUGGCCUCGCUGGCUCUCAGCACACAGAUCUACUACAUGGGUCGCUUCAAGAUCGAUGGCUCUGAAUCAGACUUGGGGAUGUUUCGACGGGCAGUGAUGGUGCUGUACACAGACUGUAUCCAGCGGUGCAGUCGACCAAUGUAUAUGGACAGGAUGGUGCUGCUCAUUGUUGGAAACCUGGUCAACUGGUCCUUUGCCAUCUUUGGGCUGGUGUAUAGGCCCAGAGACUUCGCCUCCUACAUACUGGGGAUCUUUAUCUGUAACCUCUUGCUAUAUCUGGCUUUCUACAUCAUCAUGAAGGUAAAGGGAGGCAGCUGUAGCUGUCCUGUCCCUGGGGCACCUGUCUCAAAGGGGAAAGGAUGGGUAUCUUUAUCUGGCUGCAGUUUGUGUUCCUGUGGUGCUGCUGAGGGAUGUGGAUGGGUCUUUGUGGGGCUAAGGGUGCGACAAGGUGUUGGUGUUGGGGAGGGAUGCUGUGUAGCCAUCUUGGGGUGGCUGGGCUGUAUUUCCCUGGGAUGGGGCGCCCUUUGUAGCUGCAGCUGGUCCUGGCUGGCAUGUCAUUCCUGUGCAUGCCUCCAGACGCUGGGAAGGGCUCAGGGCAUGAUGUUAGGCUACUUACCUAUCUGCAGCUCCGCAGCUCUGAGAAGCUCCUGCCCGUCCCCAUGUUCUGCAUUGUGGCCACAGCAGUGGUGUGGGCAGCUGCCCUGUACUUCUUCUUCCAGACCCUCAGCAGCUGGGAGGAGACUCCAGCAGAGUCCCGGGAAAAGAACCGGCCGUGCAUCCUGCUGGGCUUCUUCGAUGACCAUGAUGUUUGGCACUUCCUCUCUGCAGCUGCCUUGUUCUUCUCCUUUCUGGUCCUGCUGACCCUGGAUGAUGACCUGGAUGUGGUGCGCAGGGACAAGAUCCCGGUGUUCUGAAUGCUAGGGGAUGGGGGCGCAGGGGCGUCCCAAACUGCUCAACCAAAGCCAUUGGGCCAUUGGCAUCUGUGGGGAAUGAGCCUGCUCCUGUGGCCAACAGCCCUGUGGGAGCAGGGGAGCCAGAUCCCACAGCAAGCGUGAAGGUGCUGCAGUAACUGAGGUGGGACUGGGAGGGAAGAUGCCAUUUUCUCCUUUCUCAGCACAUCCUCUGGGGCAGGCGUGACCCAGCGCUGAAGCCCGUGCACAGCCCUUUGGCUUGUAGGUGCAGCAGGUGCUGGAGCCAGUGAAGAGGGAGGAAACUGGAGGUGUGUUUGAGACCUUGGCUUCCCUUCCUCCCUGCUGAUGUGCUCCGCUUCCUGUCUGGUGAGCGGGCUUGAGAAGUGCAGUGCAGGUCCUCCUGCAUUGGCAGCUGGUGGCCUGUGCCCUGCAGGCUGCUGCCCUCUGAUAGUUCCUUUGGCAUCAUGGGGAGAGUGUUCGGUUCCUGUCCUGCAGCUGCCAAGGAAGCAAAGGACUUCAAACUGAGGUGGCAGUGGGAUGCUGCUCCUGUAGCUGGUGGGGAGCCAUGGUAACAAACCACUGCAGUGUUGCAGGGAGAUGAUGGACUCGGGUUGCCCACCAGUGCUCUGCCAGAGGCAGAACCUCCCGCUUUGCUCCUGCAGCCCCUCUCUUACUUGUGUUGAACAGCAUCAGUUCUCUCUGGUGACUUCCACGCAGGCACUUAGUGUGAUGGUAUCCUUCACAACACCAGAACUGCUGUCCUCAAGGGGCCCUAAGAAAGUGUGGCGAGGCUGCAGCCUUGUGCCCUGGGCAGCCUUGUGCCCUUGGUUCCUGCUGUGUGGGCUUGUUGAAGGAACAAGGUGGAAGGGAGAGGCCAUCCAGCAGCCUCAGACUUUCUCCUUUCACAAGCUGGCUUUAGGUAAACUUGGCAAAGCAGGAUCCCUUUUGGGCUGGGAAUGUGGAGGAGGUUUUGGGGCAGUUGGGGUUGAGCUCUUUGGCUAAAGAUCUGGACCAAACUUCCCUGCUCUCCAACUUUUCUGCAUCUGGAAUAAGUUUUUAAAUGGCUUCUGCAUUCUUCCUCAGUUCUUAGUUAUUUAAAAAACAAGAAUAAGGUGUGAAUUAUUUCAGGCCUUGCACUUAAAAUGUGACCUGUUUUGCUAAUUUUGAAUUAAAAAAGUAUUCUUUGA